AUGGCUGAUGAUAAGCCCUGGUGCCGAAGGCUCGUCGUCUGCUGCGACGGCACCUGGCAGUCCAGCGUUACCAGCAAGGCAAACGUCCCGUCCAAUGUCACCAAGCUCUGCCGCCUCAUUGCCCGUACCGGCUCAGACCGAUACGACCCAACGAAGAAGUUCCACCAGAUUGUCUAUUACGAUUCCGGUAUAGGAACUGGAGAUUUGAGCCAUUCGGAAGCCAGUCGACAGGGCGGAACUGGCGCAGGUCUCGCGGAGAAUGUCAUUGAGGCUUACAACUUCAUUGUGCAGAACUACUUGCCAGGCGAUGAGAUCUUCUGCUUUGGCUUCUCGAGGGGCGCCUAUACCGCACGUGCAGUUGCCGGAUUAGUGUCUGAUAUUGGUGUCAUCUCACCAGUCAACAUGCAGCUUUUCCCGGAACUGUACAGUCUGUACAUGAAGACUGAAGUGGGCGUGGACUUCCGGGACUCGGAUGGGUGGAAGUGUUUCACGGAAGGCAAGCUCAGUGAACAUGGAGAGGAAUUAUUGCGUCAGGGCAAGACAUUGGAGGAGCUGAAGGAGCUCUCUGAAAAGAGUGUUGAUAAGAAGCAAGGGGCAGAGGUUUGGACGAUUCGGCCGCAUGGGGAUCUUGCGGUAAGUCAAGAGAGCAGGAAAGUGACGGUUGUUGGUGUCUGGGACACUGUUGGUGCUUUGGGAAUACCGGACGUCGUUGGCCUGAACUUCUCUCGUGAGAGGGCACAGUAUGCUUUCCACAACGUCAAGUUGACCGAAAAUAUUGAGCAUGCGUUCCAAGCACUAGCAAUGGACGAACGGCGCGAAGCUUUUCGUCCGACUCUGUGGUAUAUCCCAUGCGAUGUCAUCAAUGACAAGACGAAGAAAACGCCUGAUCUGAAGCAAGUCUGGUUCCCAGGCGUCCACACAAACUGCGGAGGUGGCUCGCAAGACGCAUUGGAGGACAUGAAGGAAGAUGCAGAGAACAUCGCUACAGCAACGUUCUGCUGGAUGCUCCAAGUCAUCGCUCCCUACCUUUCCAUCGACCGAAAGGCCUUCGACGACUACAUGGAGCAAUAUCAGCGCUGGCUCUACCGCAUCCGUUACGCCUGCACCUACCACCACGCCGGGCAGAUUGAGAAAUACGCCAGCUAUCUCCCUACACUGCCUGCGCUCCCUUUUAGCAGCUACUUCAGUCCUGCACCCAAGUCACCCCGCCCCAAACCGCCACCACACACGCACGAUCUGAACCUGGGCUGGGGCCUUGGACCAAUCGUCGAUUCAUACGGCGGCAUCUACAAAUACAACUACGGCAGCAUCUCCAAAUUCAGCGGCGCGCGCAUGCGUACUCCAGGCUACGAAGAGGGAGAACUAUACCUCGAGGACGAGAAAACACACAAAUGGUCGUUGAAAUGGUCGCCGCUCAGAGAUGAGGGCCACACAAACGAGUACAUCCACCCUCUUGCCUACUACCGCCGACUCGUUCUGCCCGUCCAGGACCCACACUCGCCCAUUAAAGACUGGAAGCGCGGAUGCUGGAAAGAUGAGGCGGACGGUAAGGUGCGAUACUGGUGGUACAAGAACGAAGCCGAGAUUGUGAAUGCUUUGCCCGAGUGGGCUGUCUUGCCUGAGCGCGAUGUGUUCAACUUUGAGCGACACUGGUACAACAAGUGUGACAAGACUUCAGCUCUAGAGAAGUUGGCGGAAGUAGACGGAUUUGGCCCUGGAAAGGACUUUUUCGAAGUGUUGGAUAAGAAGAUUGAUUUUGGGCCUGACUGGGCGGAACAGAAUAGUUACAGUUCGACAAACCUUCAGCCGGAGAAGUAUGUUAUGAAGGGUAAGCGCGCUGCAGGCAAAAAAUAG